AUGAAGUCUUCUGCAGCAGUCACUUCCUUGUUCCUUCUCUUGGCUGGCAAUCAACAUGCAGCUGCCUUUUCACCUCAUUCGUUGACCCUCCAGCGCAAUGCGGCGAUGGCCAAAAAGUCAACACCAUCCACUCUCUUUCUAUGGGUCAAUGACUAUAGCAAGACUGGUCCUCCUCCUUCUCUAGAGUCUAGAGUUGAAGAUUGCCUUCAGUCUUUGCAGUUGGAAUCUCCUUCCAUGGAUUCCAUUCAAGCAUUGGUGCAGGAAUUGGAAUUGAUUCAAAACAAUUGCACGGAAGAAGGCAAUCAAACCACCGAAGAGUGCGACAUUUUCCUCAAGGAAAAGCGCGACAUGUGGAUCAAGGCUCUAGAAGAGUACAUGAUUACUCUAGAGGCCAAGGAAUCUACUGCUGUUCCACUUUCGACAAGCUUCAUUUUGCCCUCUGUUACUUUGUCUUCCGAACCCAUCGAGGCUCAAGUCCUAUCUUGCCUCAAAACAGCCUCGGUCCAAGCUACCGUCACCACCACCACCUCUCAACCCCUGACUCUUUUUCAUGCAGUCAGUAUGAGACAAUCACUAGAAGAUCUACAGAAUGAAUGCACCGAAGAGGGCAAUCAAACCAAGGACCAGUGCGAUGUCGUGCGCAUGGAAGAACGCAAAGGCUUGCUCAUAGAAUUGGAUCAAAUGAUUUCCUUUCCCUCUCUUUCACUCGUCCAAGCAACCUUGGAUCAAUUGGAUCAAGAUGUUGACUCGUCCAUUGCUCCCAACGACUGGCUCUCGCACUUUACUCAAUGGCUCUCCGUCUUGGAAGAACAAACCAACAUGUGUUCGGAAGAUGCGCAUCAGACCAGCCAAAUGUGCGACGUCCAAGCCAUGGAAUGGCGAUCUCGGCUUACGCUAAGACUGGAAGACUAUAUUAGUCAAUUUCAGACGGAAACCGUCAAGGCCACUCAAAAUUGUUUGCAAUACCAGCUCUGCAAUACCCAAGCGCUCUUGAAGACCUAUUCUAAUUUGGAAGAAUUGGAAUUGCUCUGCACCGAAGAAGGAAAUCAAACUCGCAGCUUUUGCAGUUUGGAAUCCAAGGAGGAACGCCAAGCACUGAUGGAACAAAUUAGUCAUCAAAUGGAGUUGGCGGAAGGUGUGGUCCAACUUCAAAGAGAAGUUUCUUUUCAAAUUUGA